AUGCUUCGAUCCUGUUGUUUGCUGCUCAUUGCUUUUGGCUGCCUAGUAUCCUGCGGUAGUCCUUCUCCUGGUAGCAACCUUGAGAAAAGAGAUGAUAAUCUCCCUGCGCGGGUACCAUAUGUCUUCCCUCCCCCGGGAACUGACCCGAUAGCAGACGCUAUUCGAGCGAGGCGAACAAAUGGCACACUUUUGGACCUAGAUGGUGUCCUGCUGAACGCUCCUCUCAUUGCUCAAGGGGAGGAUGACUUAUUCGGGGUCAUUCGAGACAACAAUACUUUACCACCUGCGAUGAGAGAGCUUUUCAUUUUGCGCAUCGCUGUGCUCAACAAUGCGAGCUAUGAAUGGCUUCAGCACGAAUCAGUGGGACGCAUGGCAGGGCUCACCACGGAACAGCUUUUGGCUAUCCGAUUAGCUCCACCCUUUUUCGCAUCGCAAGGCGUGAACUUAACCUCGAUCCUCGGUGCUGACCUUGUUGCAGCAAUGACAUUUACAGACUGGAUCACAAAGAACGUUCACGUACCGGACGAUGUGUUCAAUGCGCUGAAGACUUUCCUGAAUGACUCACAGCUCGUAGAAGCUACUGCGACUGCUGCUGGAUAUAGUUUCAUUAGUCGAUUUGUUGUUGCUUUGAAUGUAGAUGCAAAGAUGGAUGUACCCGUGCCAGUUCCUACGUGA